AUGAAUCUUCAUCUACUUUCAUUAGUUUUCUUCAUCAUUGUAAAGGUAACUCGUAUCAAUUCGCUCCCUCCAAACCAUUUUCAAUCUCAGGAAGCUCAAACUGAUUCUCAUGAAUCUCUUCAGCAAACUACGCAGAGUACCAAAGAUCAACCUGAACUGGUAGACAUUUUAUCAACCGAGCCUAUCGUCGAUGUAACCGAAUCUAUCCAACAGACGACAGAAGCUAUUCAAUCUGAUCCGACUGAAGCUACUACCGAAUCGAGCCAAAUAGAGGACAGCACACAUAAGCUCAAUGAUGACUUACUCACACAAACGGGAGGAACGGAAAGUAAAGAAGAAGAAAAGGAUAAUACAUGCGUCGAUAUCACAAUACCUCAUCCUCUCAUAUGUCAGCAUUCAAAGGAUUUCUGUAAAAGGAAAGGAUAUGAAAGUUUGAUGAAACAAAAAUGUCCAAAAACAUGUGGCUACUGUUCUUCAACGACCAACAUUACCAGAAAUGUCAUGGUUCCUACCGAAAAAUGCGUGGAUCUCUUACUGAAUCUGAAAGAUGGAACACCCGGCUGCUUACGUUAUAAGAAGCUCUGUAAGCAUCGCAAAGCUGGAGAAUAUGUUAGACUUCAGUGUCCUUUAACCUGUGGAUUGUGUGUUCCCAAAGAACAACAACCAAAAAGCUGCUAUGAUGAACCUUAUGUUUAUGGACGCACUACGUGUCAACAAUUAGAAUCAAGAUGUGAUCUCGAUGAAGUGAAAGCCAAAUGCCCAGACAUGUGUGGAAUGUGUCCUCAGCAGAAAGAUAUCGUAUGUAUGGAUAAGCUGAAGACUUGUGACGCUAAGAACUGUGAUCAAACCAACUUGCGCUUGUACAUGACUGACAUCUGCCCGGUAACAUGUGGUUACUGUAACGCCUCAACAGGAGAAUUCUUCUGA